GUCAACUUCAUUUUUCUCGUCUCUUGCUUCGAUGACGCUUCCAUAAGUAUAAAAUUUUACACAUACUCCACGCAUCGCUUUUAGAAUGCAGCUACUUUAUGCGUAUUGCCUAUGAGGGGACGCUCGAAGUAAAGCCAUCCGCCACACCCCAGCUGGGUCCCGCCGAAUUGGCUCUCAGCUACAUACCUACUCCAUCAUGAUCGAAGAUGAGAUCUACAGAUCCUCGACUCAGUUUCGGAUAUGGUCUUUUACUCCCGAUGGUUUGAGCUCGUUGCGAUCUGAUACUAAUGCUGUUGCGUGCGAACGUCUCCGGGCCGCCCAACAGCGAGCACGCGAGGUUCCUAGGUCCGACACCCCUUCAACAACCGGGAACUUGACCCCCAAUCCAAGUGAUGGUGAGGCAAAAUGGGAGGCGGCUCUAGAAAGGGAUGUGGACUGUGUCACACCGGAGGAGGAGUUAACUUUUGUGCGAUACUUUUGUGAGCAGGCUUUAGAACUUGGGGACAAAUACAAACCAGCUCUACCGACAAUGGUGAGGGCCACAGCGAUACAGUUUCUUCGACGAUUUUACCUUAGGAAUUCUAUUAUGACCUAUCAUCCCAAAAUGAUGAUGCCCUGUGCCCUGUUUCUCGCUACGAAAACGGACAACUACUUUAUAUCUUUGCGAUCUUUUGUAAAGGAAGUGCCGGGACUCGAAAAGCCCGAAGACGUUAUUGCUCCGGAGUACACAUUGACCCAAGGCCUCCGGUUCACCUUCGACGUGCGCCAUCCAUUCCGCGGCCUUGAAGGCGGAAUCAUGGAGCUCCAAGCCAUCGCGUUGGGUGAUGGACAGCCAGCCCCUCAUGGCAUAGGCCAAACACCAGAAAGCAUGAAACAAGCUCUACAUUCUCUCCCAUCUUCGGAGAAAAUAUCUACAUCAACACGAAUAGCAAACGCGCACGGCAAAGCACGAGAAAUUCUGAAGACAGCCGCGCAAAUGACCGAUGUUUACUUUCUGUACACACCAUCACAGAUAUGGCUUGCUGCGCUUAUGAUCGCUGAUAAACCGCUCGCCCAAUUUUACAUCGACACUAAACUAGGGCCUCAAGUAGAAGCGUCAGACCCGUUAGCUAGCAUACGUGCAAAACUACAGAAUACUUUGUCAAACUGUUCAAAAAUGCUCGAGUCCUACGUUCCGUCUGCCUCGAGUGCCGAUAUGAUGAAACGAUUAAAGGCAAUCGCCAAAAAGGUAUAUCAAUGCGAACAGAUCGAAAAGUUAGACCCCGCUGCUCCCGGCAGUGGGCAGAAACGCUCGUCUGGGACCGUUCCCGGUGCGGAGGGCACAUCGGAGAGUGACAUGGAGAGGGUGGCUAAGAAACGUCGAUUGGAGCGUGAGAAGCAAGAACGAGAAGGUAAAGAUAUCUUUGGUGGUGAAUUGGUAACCCAGCGAAAUAAAACUACCCAGGAAGGGUCGUAGUUAAAGCACAAUAUCCGGGACUGAAACUGAAAUCCUAUACAUGGAAGUUGGGGUCACGUGGACAUGCAGAUACGCAAAAAGGGUGUGAUAUGGGCCAACGAAUUUGGCCGUAAUGUUGUAUUAUUAUGCUCAUUAGGAAUGAAUCCAAAUCUACUUUGACGAUCCACGGGACUUAGAUUGAU